AACGGUCGCCAAUUUACAUCUGCAGCGACUGUAAGGUCUGUUCUGAAAUUUAAUAUCGGGAGUAUAGAGAGUUAGCAAAUUUCGUAGAGCGCUUAACGGAUGUGUUAUGCACCCUGGUUUCGGUACGGAACGUGUUCAAUUAGUGAGAAGGUUUGCUGCAGUUUUGAAAAACGAUCAAAUAUAUAUGUAUACCUAUGUAUUUCAGUAAUCAAAUCACUGCGUCAUCGCAAUUGUUUCAUUUCAUAUAAAAAACUCGAGAUCAAGAAACGGAUUAUUAUACGAACAGAUCGCUCGCAUGUAAGUUAGGCGUGUGUCGCAAUUUGUGUAGAAAGGAGAACAUUUCCUCUCUGAUCGUAAGUAGAAAUUUCGCACCGGCAGAUACCGGAAUAUAGAUCACGUUUAACUGUUUCGCUACAGUGAUGGCCGAUGACAGUGACGUUGACCGCGGCUUCGAUUCAAAACGAAAUACUGAAUUCGCUGUCCAGUUCCUCGAUACGUGUUCAUCCUCUUCAAAAUUCAAUCACUCUGCUCCAAUCGAGUCAUCGCGGACUCUAUCGGAUGGACGCUUUAACGGUUACUCAGCAUCCCCCGAAUCACGCCCCUUCGCAUCAACCCCAAGCUCGAGCUCCUUAUAUCCUGGCUCAGAGGUGCGUUUCAUAAACCCAGCGAUAUACGCAGAAUCUUUUCGGAGCCCCCUCGCACUAUCUUCAUCGAGUCUGAUCAUUGAAACGCUUUGUGGGGACUCUGACUAUGCCCCCCAAGAGCUGCGCGCACUCAACAUCAACGAUCGUUGUCGUCGUGGAUCACCGACAAGCAGUGUUGGUGCUGGAGAUAAAUACGAUCGUUGUCUUCAAAAUACUUAUCGCUGCACUCCGCAGCCGGAUGUAUCAGGGAUCAUCUCAACCGUGGCUCUGACAAACAACUCAAAAUCCCUUACACGGCUGGUGAGGCGUUGCGCGAUCGAUGGGUCGGCAGAGAUUUACGAGGCGAACGGACAGGGAGACGCGGAAAGGUUUGCGCAGUUUUCCUCGUCCUCUUUGUCGAGUUCCACAUUCCCCGACGGUACGAGGAACACCGAGGCCGCCCUAUCACGGAAAAUAGCUCACGAGCAGUGGCUUCGCAGGAAACGCGCUGCUGAGCUGAAAUGCGAAUUUGAACGGCGUGAGGAGAACAGGCGUCGAGCUGAAGAGGAAAGGGUUGAAAAAGAACGGUCGGAAUGGGAGCGGACGAAGCGAGAAAACUUUUUGCGGUGGCAGGAGAAAAAACAGAUAGAGGAGAAAAGCAAAAGAGUAGCGGUUGAAAGGGAACUUGUUCUUCAGAGAAGAUUGAAAGUCGCUGAGGAUAAUGCUGCCAUCGCAAAGAUGAUUCAGCUGCAGCAGUGGGCGAAGAAAAAGGAGGAAGCACAGAAAGAGCAAUACAAGGAGCAGGAGCUUAUGCGCGAGGCAAUCGAGGCGGAGCGCAAAAAACGACAAGAGGAAAGCUCGCGGGCAUUCGAAAAGUGGCGAGAAAAUGCCAGGUGUAAACCAAGGCCGGCUACCCAGGGGCUCCUACCCCAUCAACGCGCAAAGCCCUCGUACGUGAAUCCGAAACCCUGGCAACAAAUCCUGGACGAUCAUGCCGGUGUCAAUCAUCAAUUGGAUGUGGUCACCGUCGACGAUACGACUAAGUAGUCAAAAACGGAGAAGGACGCUAGAAGAAGCAUAUUACUCGCUUCGCUCCAUCACCGAUCCAAGGUAUAAAUAGAGAUGAAAAAGAGCCCUGCAGUCCGCAGCGUCGAAUAACGCAUUUGUAUAAUCGGGUGAUAUUCGUGGCCCUCGACUAAAAGGUCAGGUUUUUCUAAUCACAGAAAUAUGCGAG